UGUAGUGCCGGCUUUCUGCGGGGUGGACGGAAGUCCUGCCUGCAGCUUCGCGCCUCUUUCGGGGAUUCCGGAAAUGCACUGGCUGCUCCCUCCCACAGCUCUGUGGUGUGCUAUGCGCGCUGUGGGAGGGGGCAUCGACCUCGGAGGAGGAGUGCAGCAGCUUCCCUGCGCCGCAGGAGGGAUUUCUGCAGAAUGGAAGGGGACCAAGUGGAAAAAAUGGUGCUAUCAAAUGAUGGGAGAAAAACCGCUGUGGAUAAGGAGUGUGAUGGGGAACAAAAUAAAUCAGUGGAAAGCAAGGUUUACAUGGAUUACAAUGCAACUACUCCAGUGGCACCAGAGGUGAUUCAAUCUGUAACAGAGACCAUGUGUGGGGCCUGGGGCAAUCCCAGCAGUUCUUACCCAGCAGGUAGAAAGGCCAAGGAGAUCAUACAUGAAGCUCGGGAGAACCUGGCCCAGAUGGUGGGAGGAAGGCCCCAGGAUAUCAUUUUCACCUCAGGAGGCACAGAGGCAAAUAAUUUAGUUAUCCACACGGCACUGAGGCAUUUUAGAGAGAUCCAGGUGUUAGGACAGGAUAGAGCUGGUGAGGAUCACAAAAGGACAGCCGGGGCCAUUCCUCAUUUUGUUACAUCUAAUGUGGAACAUGACUCAGUUCGUUUGCCAUUGGAGCACCUUGUGAAAGAGCACAUGGCAGAAGCCACCUUUGUCCCAGUGUCCAAAGUGAGUGGGCAGGUGGAAGUUGAUGAUAUCAUUGCAGCAAUCCGCACAACCACAUGCCUAGUUUCCAUCAUGCUGGCCAAUAACGAGACAGGGAUAAUCAUGCCCAUCUCAGUGCUCAGCCAGCAGAUUCAGAUCUUGAAUCAGAACAGAAUGGCCUCAGGACUACCAAGGAUUUUGCUGCACACAGAUGCAGCCCAAAUGAUAGGGAAGGGACGAGUGGAUGUGCAGGACCUGGGAGUGGAUUACCUCACCAUUGUGGGACACAAGUUCUAUGCCCCACGGAUUGGAGCACUGUAUGUGCGAGGGCCUGGGGUUACCACUCCUCUGCAUCCCAUGCUGUUUGGAGGGGGACAGGAGCGGAAUUUCCGUCCUGGGACAGAGAAUACUCCCAUGAUUGCUGGCCUUGGCAAGGCUGCUGAGCUGGUGAACAAGAACUGUGAGGACUAUGAGGCUCGCAUGAGGGAGGUUCGAGAUUACCUGGAAGAGAGGCUAGAAGCUUCAUUUGGAAAGCAAAGACUCUACCUUAACAGUCAAUUUGCAGGUGCUAAGAGGCUCUGCAAUACUUGUAACAUUUCAGUCUCAGGGACAGGACUACAAGGGCGGAUGGUGUUGUCCUGCUGCAAGACUCUGCUCGCUAGUGUUGGUGCUGCAUGCCACUCGGAGAAUGGUGACCAACCCUCCUCUAUCCUGCUCAGCUGUGGGAUUCCCUAUGAAGUGGCUCAGAAUGCCUUGCGUCUCAGUGUGGGGCGGGACACCACGAAGGAGGAUGUGGACGUGGUAGUGGAAGAUCUGAAGCAGGCCGUGGCUCAGCUGGAACACAACAGUCACAUAGAGAUCAGGAGAGGGAACUGAGGGGGGAGGUCUCCUUGAAAGAACCAGUUUCCUUGAACAGGAGUCUCCUCUACCCUGUAUCUCGUGUGUCAUUGAUUGGGUGUGGUAAGCAGUCUAGUCCAAACAGAAAUGUUUUACACCUGCCUUGCCCUAGUGUAAAUGAUUACCAAAGAUGCAGGGCAAGGGAGGGCGAGCUCUUUUAGACUCUUUGCAUUCCUGAGGAACUGGCUCUCCUGUGUUGGGAAUACUACAGCUGCUAUUACAUGUUCAUUACUUUAGGAUAUUGGAGUGUAGCACGUAAUGUCACUAAAUUUGAGGAACUUUCAAAUGCUCACUUGUUCUAUGAGAAGUUAAAAACUCUGGGUUUGUGGUCUGUGCAUUUGGGUUGGGGGUGUUAGUGUAUUCAGGGGAGUGGGUAUGAUUGUGCUCAAGUAUGCCUGGAUAGUGCCUAAGAAGGAGAGUAGGAGUGUGCAUUCAGGAGUACUCUACGUUGAAGUAGGAAGGUGCGUGUGUGUUCCUAGGAUAAAGUAUUUGUACAUAGGAGGCUAUGUGAAAAUUCCAGCAUUUAUACUUAGGGUAGUGUAAGAAAGAACAUCCAUACUGGGUCAGACCAAAGGUCCAUCUAGCCCAGUAUCCUGUGUGGCUAUUCCCUGUGGGGCUUGCACUACUGGGCUACAUCUACACUGCAGGCUUCUUGUGCAAGAAAUGGCCAUUCUUGCACAAAAACUUGCAGAGCGUCUACACUGCACGCAUGUUCUUGUGCAAGUAAGCUUACAGUAAAGCAUCAGAAGGGAAAGCUUUUUGGACAAGAGUUAGUCCUCUCCCCACGAGGAAUAAGCCCUCUUGCGCAAGAAGGCAGUGUGGACGGCAACAGGGGUUUCUUAAGCAAGAAAUCCCUAUGGCUAAAAUGGCCAUCAGAGCUUUCUUGCACAAGAGAGCUCCAU